GGCUCAGUGAACCCAAUAAUAUUUGUCGCUUUGUAAGUUUACAAGUUACUGAAAGCAUAUCAAACUCCAGCUUUAUUUUGCUGUCUCCGUUUGAUCUGGACUUGUCAAUGCGUGAUGAAUCGGUUAACCAGCUUACUAGCAAUUUUCGUUUCGUAUGUGUCGUUAGCGAAGUCGACCGGACAAGUUUUCCACGAGUAUUGUGUUGUCGGCGCUGGGCCGGGAGGCCUUCAAAUAGGAUUUUACCUUGAACGCGCUGCCCGCGAUUAUAUCAUCUUCGAACGAGAUGGUCUAGCAGGGGCAUUUUAUGUGAAGUAUCCAAGACAUAGGAAGUUAAUAUCCAUUAACAAGAGGCAUACAGGAAAAACUAACAAAGAAUUUAACAUGCGACAUGACUGGAACUCCCUUCUCAGUGAUGAUGAGUCUCUUCUAAUGACACAUUAUUCCAAAAAAUUCUUCCCUGAUGCGGAUGAUCUGGUUCAAUAUUUGAAUGACUAUGCCACCAAACUUAAAUUAAAAGUCCAGUACAACACCAAUAUUCUGCAUGUGUCAAGAAAAGGUGAAGACGAGCAAGUUCUGUUCUACCUCAAGGAUCAAAAUGAGACACAAUACACUUGCCAGAAUCUUAUCAUGAGUACUGGUAUAUCAGUUGAAAAUCUGCCAAGAAAGUUCAAGGGAUUUGAACACACAGAGAGUUAUUCUGAAGUUUCAACAAACCCUGAUGACUACGAGGGACAAUCAGUGCUUAUCAUAGGAAGAGGUAAUUCAGCAUUUGAGACAGCAGACAAUAUAAUGGGAGCGACCAAUUUAAUCCAUAUGUUUGCUAGAUCAAGAGUUCGCUUAUCAUGGGAAACACAUUAUGUGGGUGACUUGAGAGCUGUGAAUAAUGGAAUAUUAGACACAUAUCAGCUAAAGUCUCUUGAUGCAUUGUUGGAGGCUCCUGUGGAGGAGAUGGCAGUGAUCAAGAGAGACGGAAAGCUUUAUGUUGAUGCUUUUGACGGCACUGGAGAGAAUAUUGUUACAGCCGAACAGCCAUCAGAGAGUGGAAGAGCACCUGACAAUUUUGCUGUGCGAGAGCCAUAUGAUCGCAUCAUUCGAUGUUUGGGUUUUAAGUUCGACUUCUCGAUAUUUGACAACACAACUAAACCAAGACCGGCUAAAGGGAAACGUUCCAAAAAAUACCCAGCUGUCAAACCAAGCUAUGAAUCUACAUCAAUACCCAGACUCUAUUUUGCUGGUACAAACACCCACUCAGUGGACUUCCGCAAGUCUGCAGGAGGAUUCAUUCAUGGUUAUCGUUACACUGCCCGUACCCUUCAUCGUGUUUUGGAGUGGCGUAACCAUAAAGUAACAUGGCCUCACAUAACAGUCCCUAUUGCAGAAGUUAUAAAUGUGAUAAUCAAAAGGAUUAAUGAAGCCUCGGGUAUUUAUCAAAUGUUUGGUGUCCUUGGAGAAGUCAUGAUUUUACGUGAAAAUGGAAAUGUAGAAUACUAUGAAGAGUUUCCUAUUAGACUGGUACAUCAAUUUGAAGAGUUCACUGGCCGUCCAGCAGGUCCAAUGAUUGUACUUAAUAUGGAAUAUGGCAAGGAUUUCUCUGGAGCUGGAAAGGACACAUUUAAGCCAGAUCGUGCCACAGGAGAACCAGGAGAGGCUCAUAAGUCAAACUUCUUGCAUCCUGUGCUUUACUUCUACAAAGAACCUCCUACAGCCUUGCCCAAGGAAACAAAAGAAGUUGUUCUUCCCAGACCAAAUCGCAUGCACCACAUUGUGGAAGAUUUCUUAACACUAUGGACUGCACCCAGCUCACACAUUCUUCCCCUACGCCGAUUUAUUGAAAAUGUUGUUGACAGUGAUCUUCGUUCAUUUUUUGCUUCGUCUUGCUUCAAGAUUUUGAUGACACAGGAAUCUGCGCCAAUAAAUUGCCGUAAACAUUACACAGAAGGCCCAAUGUUACCAACUCCAAAGUUUCUCCAGGACGCUUUCCUGCAGAGUCAAGGAGAAGGAAUUGAACUGUCUUGAUGACCUUGAUGCCUGAAUACCUCUUACAACCGCGUACCCUUCUUUAGAGAAAAAGACUGAAUCUACUUGACGCGAAAUUCAAGAUUAAGUUAUUUAUGAGUGGUACAUUUUUUUCGCUGUAGUCUGUCAUGGAAGGAGGUUAUCGCACUACUGACUACCGUACUUAGCAACACGAGAUCUAGAUCGGGAUUAAAGGAGCUACGUCGCGGUUUGCACAUCUUGAAAAGUUCAGCCUAAAGUUUUCAAGUUCGUCGUUUAUAAUC